AACAUUGGUGGUGAGCCAUACAUACUGGCUCUGUAAAAUAAGUAAUGGUCGAUCUAAUGAAAAGAGCCCUUGAGCUAGCGAAGGAAGCACUGGUCGCGCAGGAGGUACCCGUUGGCUGCGUGUUCACAGAUGGCGAAAGAAUACUCGCAGAAUCAAGAAACUGCGUGAACUUGACUCGGAACCCUACAAGACACGCUGAAAUCAACUGUAUAGACACUGUGAUUGACUACUGCAAAACAAAUAACGUAAAUUAUAAGGAAUUAUUUCGUAAAAUAACCGUGUAUGUAACAGUUGAGCCAUGUAUAAUGUGUGCAGCGGCUCUCAAUUACCUACAUGUUAAGGAAGUAGUGUAUGGUUGUCCUAAUGAUAGGUUUGGGGGAAAGACUGUAGUAGAUGUUAGUAAUUACUAUGAACACAGCUACACACUGACUGGGAACCUGAUGGCAGAUGAGGCCAUGGCCUUGCUAAAACAGUUCUACAAGGGUGUCAAUCCCAAUGCACCAGAACCAAAAGUUAAAAAGAAAAAGGAUAAUGAAUGAUGUAAUUAAUGUUUUGAUUUUAAGAAUCUACACCCAUACAUUGAUGCUAAAAUUUGUUACAAUGGUUGUUGCAAUACAUUGAAAUAGUUAUCUGUCCAUUUAUCUAUGCAAAGAUAAAUCAACUCUUAUGCUUACAUAAAGUAUGUGCUAACAGCUUUACCAAAAUUAAAUUUUUAAUCUUUGCAUUAUUAUUUCAACCAUUAUGUAAAAAUAGCACAAUAAUUUCAUGACAUUGAGUAAUAUUUGUUAUUAAUGUUCAUAAUUUAUACCAAGACUUAGUUGGAUAAUGUAAACUUGUAAAGUAUUGUAAUAAAAAUCAUUCCAUUUA